GUGUAACCGAUCCCAGCUGCUGGCGUUUGGGGGGGAUGAGAGCUAUUCCCGGCCCCCGUGGGUUGAUCACGUGUCCUCGGGGAGCCGUUUCGGUUUGGAGACCGCGCCGUGGAGCGGGAGCGCGCCUUUUGCGCACAGCCGAGUUGGAGAGCAACAUCUUAAAGAGGCGUUAAUGAUCCCUGCCGUGGACAAACCAGAUCCGUGUUGUUUUGGGGCGUUGUCAUACACACACACCACGCAGCCACACGGCCACACGGCGGCUGAAGAGGCUCGGAUCUGUCCGGCGCUGACAGCGCGUGAGUGAUCCACGACUCGUCCAAACUUCUGCGCCUCCGAGCUGCGAUCGCCACGGAGAGCGUCACAUUGUUUCCAGCCGCGGCUACAAGUCGACAGAAGGAGCUGUCAGGGCGACCCGAGGGAGAGGCAGGUAGCCUGGUGUCAUAACUCGUGGAAAAUCCAUCUGAGAGAGGAAGAGAAAAGCAAGAGGGGGAAAAAAAAAAGGUGAUUGGCCAGCUUCCGUGGGAUUUGAUGUCACCUUUAGAUUGGUUCAACUGAAGAUGGAAACACUGGAGUCUGAGCUGACGUGCCCGAUCUGCCUGGAGUUGUUUGAAGACCCCCUGCUCUUGCCCUGCGCCCACAGCCUGUGCUUCAACUGCGCCCACCGCAUCCUGGUGUCUCACUGCUCCACCAGCAAGCCCCUCGAAUCUAUCUCGGCCUUUCAGUGCCCCACCUGUCGCUACGUCAUCACGCUGAAUCACCGCGGCCUGGAGGGCCUAAAGCGCAAUGUGACGCUGCAGAACAUCAUUGACCGCUUUCAAAAGGCCUCUCUCUCCGGCCCCAAUUCCCCCACCGAGAGCCGGCGCCUGCAGCCGCAGCGGCCCUACACCGCCACCAUUAGCGGUACAAUAGCUGGAACGAUUGGCGGCGGAGGUGGCACGAGUGGAGGCAGCGCCCGGGGCAGCCCUGCCACUUCCAGCCACUCCCACAACCACGCCAAUCACGCCAACCACACCAACGCCAACCACAGCCCGGCGGUGGUCGCCAAAAUGGAUCCGCGCAUCAGCUGCCAGUUCUGCGAGCAGGAUCCGCCCCGCGAGGCCGUGAAGACGUGCGUCACGUGCGAGGUGUCGUACUGUGACCGCUGCCUGCGCGCCACGCAUCCCAACAAGAAGCCCUUCACCAGCCACCGCCUGGUGGAGCCCGUCCCGGACACCCACAUCCGCGGCCUGACCUGCCUGGAGCACGAGAACGAGAAGGUCAACAUGUACUGCCUGGUGGACGACCAGCUCAUCUGCGCCCUCUGCAAGCUGGUGGGACGCCACAGGGAGCACCAGGUGUCGUCCCUCACCGAGCGCUUCGACAAGCUCAAGGCUUAUCAGGUGAGCCCGGGCAGAGUGUCAGAUGCGGUAAUGGAGGCUUCAAAGACAAGCGCUGCGCAAACGCUGGAGAACAACCUGACCAACCUGGUGAAGAGGAACAGCGAGCUGGAGAACCAGAUGGCCAAGCUCAUCCAGAUCUGUCAGCAGGUGGAGGUAAACACCGCCAUGCACGAAGCUAAGCUGGUGGAGGAGUGCGACGAGUUGGUGGAGAUCAUCCGGCAGAGAAAGCAGGUCAUCGCAGUGAAGAUCAAAGAGUCCAAGGUGAUGAAACUGCGCAAGUUGGCUCAGCAGAUUGCAAACUGCCGCCAGUGUCUGGAGCGCUCCAGUGCCCUCAUCACUCAGGCUGAGCAGAGCUUGAAGGAGAACGACCACGCUCGCUUCCUCCAGACCGCCCGAAACGUAGCAGAGAGGGUUGCCAUGGCGACAGCCUCCUCCCAGGUACUCAUUCCGGACGUCAACUUGAAUGAGGCGUUUGACAAUUUUGCCCUGGACUUCUCCCGGGAGAAGAAGAUUCUGGAAGGACUAGAUUACCUCACAGCUCCCAACCCGCCAUCCAUAAGAGACGAGCUGUGCACCGCCUCUCACGACACCAUCACCGUUCACUGGACGUCCGAGGACGAGUUCAGCGUCACCUCCUACGAGCUGCAGUACACCAUCUACACCGGCCAGACCAACUUCAUCAGUUUGUACAACUCUGCAGACAGCUGGAUGAUCGUACCCAACAUCAAGCAGAACCACUACACGGUGCACGGCUUGCAGAGUGGCACCCGUUACAUCUUCUUUGUCAAGGCUAUCAACCAGGCGGGAAGCCGCAACAGUGAGCCAGCUCGCCUCAAAACCAACAGUCAGCCCUUCAAACUGGACCCGAAGACGGCCCACAAGAAGCUGCGGCUGUCCAACGACUGCCUGACCAUGGAGAAGGACGAGAGCUCGCUGAAGAAAAGCCACACCCCGGAGCGCUUCAGCGGCACGGGCUCCUACGGAGCCGCCGGUAACGUCUUCAUUGACAGCGGCUGCCACUACUGGGAGGUGCUCCUCGGAGCCUCCACAUGGUACGCCAUCGGCGUGGCUUACAAAUCAGCCCCCAAAAACGAAUGGAGCGGCAAGAACUCGUCCUCGUGGGUGUUCUCCCGCUGCAACAACAACUUCAUGGUGCGCCACGACGGCAAGGAGAUGCUGGUGGAGGCCAGCCUGCAGCUGAGGCGGCUGGGCGUCCUGCUGGACUACGACAACAACUCGCUGUCCUUCCACGACGCCAUGAAUUCCCAGCACAUCCACACCUUCGAGAUCUCCUUCCUCCUCCCCGUCGUCCCCACGUUCAUGAUCUGGAACAAGUCGGUCAUGAUACUCUCAGGGCUCCCGGUCCCCGACUUCGUCGACGGCGUGUCGGAUCUCCAAGAGCAGCAGCAGCAGCAGAUGGGCCUUUGUCGACAGGAGUCGCCGUACUUGACGGGGAUGAAGACCUGCCACUGACUGGUUCCGGGACUGGUUUGACUUUAUUGGGAGCUGAAAGACGGCGGCGUGCAGCGCGACGGAGCGCCGCCUUUAUCUUCACGAGUGAAGAAGUUGCUUUCUUGUGAAUUUAGAAAGUGUUGGAAUUAUGCAUACCCGUUUGGAAAAAUGUCAGUUCUGUUCAUCUGAAGCCUUUUCUUUUCCAAAACCACGAGUGAAUAGAACAAGGUCUGUUGACUGCAAACAUGAAAAUAUAUAUAUAGAAAAUCAUCUGAUGGAGUCACUGACAUGAAAAGAUUCAGUUUGUCAUCGCGGGGCUGGACUCCUGGUUUUCAGGACCAUGUACGGUCUUCCUUUCUGGUUUUCUGCUUGUUUUGACUCGAGGCAGAAGACCAAGCUACUGAACUUCAGAUCAGCCAUGUCUAGAUUUGAAGGUACGACAUUUGAACAUUUCUAUCGUGGGCAGAUCAAAACUGUAUCGACAAAAUAUACAGCAAUAUGUAGAAGAUAAAAUUAUGAUUUUCGACCUAAAUUACCUAAACGUUUUGACACAACCUAACUAAACGUAAACUCAAGGCAGGAAUUUGCUAUUCUCAUUUUGAAUUUCAUGGCAGUGACAAACGAAACUGGUCUCACAAGUCUGGGAAAGUAAUUUCCUCAAAUCAGAAACAACUGGAGAAGAAUUUGAAAAGUCACUGGGCUCAUUCACAGCAGGUUACAGACAUGACUGUCAUAGAGAGAGCAUUUCAGUUGUGAACACGGGCUGAAAUUCACUAAUAUGUGACAAACUACACCUGAAAACUGCUGAACAAUUAUAGAAAAAUGUUGUUCAACAUAGAGGAGCAUCUACAUCUCCAGUCUAUUGCAUUAUCAGAGAAUCAGGCGAAAUUAUUUGAGAGACAGAUCAGAAAGUCGACACUGGAUGCUGGUGAUCUUUCAGCCUUCAGGCAGCGCUACGUUAUAUACAGGCAUGAUUCUCUCACUGUCUGAAAGUCUUUCUGCAAACAGUCCGAGGGGCAAAGAUGGAUUCAUGCAAACUGCUGUCCGAAGACAAAAUUUUACAUUUGUCACGUGAUACUUGUGACCUUACCCGAUUUCCAGGCAUCCAUAUAAGCUGAGGCAUCCCCAAGCUUAAAUAGUGUCAUGAACUCCCUUUAUGCAACAAAGUUCAGCAGUUUGGUGGUUGGCUGGAUUUCACUCCGGAGAUAAAGCGAAGCCAGAUAGUCGCCUAUAGAUUUCCUGGAAGGGACUCAGACUGCGCCACAGCAUCGCACUGAGUUUGAGUUAUGCAAAUUACUGCUUCAGAACAAUACCUCUGCGUAUUUCUGCACUUCCACACAAUACCCACACAUUAUACACAACCCACUCUGGUGUUUCCAGGUUCAGAUUCAGAUGUAAUAAUGCAAAACGUCACACAAAUUGCCUGGCAGUGAUCGCCGCUCUCAGAGUGAGUCCUGUCUGACUCGGCGCCGCCGAGUUUGACACUCGUCACUCACAUCAAAUCAAGGAGACGCCAGGUUCGAGCUCCUCCGCCGCUUCUGUUCAUGUGCAGUACCUUCAGUGGCUGUAAGUAGUCGGAGCCAAAGUCUUUUUGCUUGAUCUUCCUUCUAGUUCGACCGAUGGGUCUUGUUUGUAUUGCGGGAACAGAGCUUCCAGGUUUCAGGAAAUUUUAACGUUGCUCCCAGUCACUCUUUUAACAAGAUCGCAGGGGGUAGAUCGACACCAUGUGACUACUCAACUUGUAUAAUAAGAGAUUUAUUGAAUACAAGAAGAAAAUGUGUUAUUUAUGACAGAAAAAAAAAGAUGUUUUACUUUUAUUAUUAAUUGCAACAUAUUCAUGAUGCACUUUUGAAUUAAUACUAUUUCCCCUCUAUGAGUACUGAAAGCAGACGGAGCUGGAGAGUGAGCGGCAACUAGCACUACUACUGGUUGUGUUAACUUAUUUUCUCACUCAUAUUUACAGAACAUUUUAUAGUCGGUCAUCUAUAAUGGUAACUCUGUUUAUUGUGGAAAACAAGCUUUACAGUAAAACGCUGUUAAAUCUGUUCUCGCACAUUAUCUGAUGACUGGAAGCACUUUGCAAUAAGUCCCUGCUGUAGAUUUUUUUUUAGUUUUUUUAAGGUUUUGCUUCUUUUUGUGCUUUCAGCACAAACUCCCUCUCCAUUGCUCGUUUGGUGAAAUGAUCUUUGAAAAGGGAAAUGAAUAUGAAGGCGUUUAUGGAAGUUGUAUCACAAUAAUGAUGAUGAGCAAAAAAGUUGUUUUUUUUUUUUUGUUUUUUAAGAAAAAAGAAGUUCACUUCAGGGAAGGAGGGACGAAACACUUAAAUUUGCUGUUUGUCUCAGUGUCAAAUGUCAUGGCAUGAUUGUGUUUUCCUCUGUGAAAUUGUUCACACACACACACACACGCGCACAUACACA